CCUGCGGGUACCCGCCCGAUCCGGUCAAACCGGGUAAAAUCCGUGUUGACUGGGUUCGGGUCGGAUUCGGAUUAAAAUCCGCUGGGCGGGUUGGUUCGGGUUCGGGUUUGGGGGAACCCGACCCGUGGAUACCCGGAUAUAGGUAAAACCCUAAUAUCUAUAAUGUGGCAUUUGAAUGACCUCCUCCAACCCCAAAUUUUGGCCGCCACCAAACCUCCCAGCAGAGUGCAGAGAGCAGCACGCCGCCACCAAAUCCUCCCGUCUCCAUUCCCGUCGCCGCCCGAAUCGGGAUCCCGUCUCCAUUCCAGUCGCCGGCCGCCCUCCCCCUGCUACUCCUCUGCUCUGCGCCUCCAAGUCCCCACCUCCCCGCCGGGCGCCGACGUUCGAACUUCGAAUCCAUACCGCGCGCGCGCCGCCCUCCCCCUGCUACUCUGGUCCGCGCCUCCACAUCGCCGCCUCCCGCCGACUCCAGUCCUGCCGCCCUUCAGUCCCGCCGCCCUCCUCCUUCUCCUCUGCUCUGCGCGUAGUCUCCACGUUCCGCCAACGCCGACGGUCCACACCCGCCGCCCUCCUGCUUCCUCUACUCCGACCCUUCCCCUGGUGGGUGUAAGUGAGGUGGAGUUUGGAGGAGAGCCGUCGCUGCCGGAUUGCUGGCAAAGUCGUUCGCCGGGGCCUAUACCAGAGUGUGGACGCCCGGCGACAUUGAUCCGACUUCUUCAGUAUCCUUUUUCUCGCUGCAGUUUUGGCAUUUCAGGUAUGGCAACGAGAGGCCUGAAGAUUUGGGCGGCAGCUGAGGACUUGGCAAGUAAUAGGGGAUAUGUACUGUCUCUCUACAGACAACUAUUGCGCAGUCUGAACUCUCCAAGUUUGCCUCUGAAUUUAGCUGCAAGAUUGGCAAGGAAGGCUGAGGUUCGUGCCAUUUUCCUGCUGGGAUCCGAGGAGAGAUCCGUCCACAAUAUCAAGGACCUCACUGACACAGCUGAAUAUGCUCUUGGUAUGAUGAAGAAGGGGGAAAUCCCAAAGUACAUUCAGUGAUCCAUCAAACACCGACGCACUUGAUUCUUGCACUUGCACCUCUGCACAAGCGUGAUAUAUGGAUUUCUGUAUCUCUCAUGACAGUUUAUGAGACAUGAUCUUGUCAUAUGUCUGAGAAUUUUGUUAGGAGUCAUAGGAGCUGUAAUCAGGAAUGUGUUACCAAGUGUUAUUGAUUGCAAGGCGAAAUCCCAAUGGCCUCUGUUCUAGUUAAUUUUGAACAAGACCAUCACCAAGUUGAAACUGAAUCGUCGUUACAACUUUAUUUCCAAAGAAAAUGAGAACUUCAAG